GUCGAAACAUGCCACUGUCGAUCGCAGUCGGAACAUUAUUCUUUGUUGCUUUUGUAGCAGCAAAGGGUUCGAUUCACCCGCUCUCCGACGAAUUUAUAACUCACAUCAACUCGAAACAAAAUUCCUGGAAAGCUGGCCGGAACUUCCCGUCGGACACUCCUCUUGCUUACAUCAAGGGAUUACUGGGAGCUCUCGAGAAUCCAUCGCCCACGCUCCCCAUUAUAAGCCACGACGCUGAUUUAAUAGCCAGUCUACCGGAAAACUUCGAUGCUAGACAAAAAUGGCCGAAUUGCCCGAGUUUGAACGAUAUCAGAGACCAAGGCUCGUGUGGAAGCUGCUGGGCAUUCGGCGCCGUUGAAGCCAUGACCGACAGAGUUUGCACUUACUCGAACGGCGCUAAACAGUUCCACUUCUCAGCUCAAGACCUGGUCAGUUGCUGCACGGAUUGUGGAUAUGGUUGUCAUGGUGGGUAUCCAGAUAGAGCGUGGCAAUACUGGCAAGAAGUAGGCAUUGUAUCCGGGGGGCCAUAUCAAUCAAGUCAGGGCUGCAGGCCUUACGAGAUCGCCCCCUGCGAGCACGCCGUAGACGGCCCCAGGCCGAAGUGUCAUGAAGCAGAACCUACUCCGGCCUGCAUGAAGAAAUGUGAAGCUGGUUACAACAUAGAGUAUAACAAAGACAAGCACCGUGCCAAGCAAGUUCACACGCUUCACGGAGAAGAUGACAUUAAAGCGGAAUUAUAUAAAAACGGCCCUGUUGAAGCUAGUUUUACAGUAUACGAUGAUUUCGUUCAUUAUAAGAGCGGCGUAUAUUCGCACACAUCUGGAAUAGAGCGAGGUGGUCACUCCAUUAAAAUCCUGGGAUGGGGCGUGGAGAACGGCAAGAAGUACUGGCUGUGUGCAAACUCCUGGAACAGCGACUGGGGAGACCAGGGCUACUUCAAGAUCCUGCGAGGUGAGAACCACUGCAACAUCGAAAACAGAGUUGUAGCUGGGGAACCUGACCUAGACGGUUUUUAAAUACCUAC